UACUUAUGACGUCGUUAUAGAUGGCUGUAGGAAUUCUGUCCAGAAAGGUACGUGUUACGUUGAUUACUAUUGACUCCUCGUUAUGACAUACAUGUAAAUAUGUAAUAUUUUUGUCGCGAUGAGUAGAGAGAGAAGUAAUGGAAAAUCAGACUAUUUGUCCGACAACGGAAUUAAACACAUUUUGCGGAGUGGUAUCAAAAACGUUGCAACUGAAAAGCAUUCCCUUGUACAACAGGCUCACAAAAGUGAAGAGAUGAAUAAAUGCAAAACGGAUGUUAUUAACAUCAAAACGCCAUCCAAAUCAACAAAAUCGCCGUUAGUUAAAGGAACUCGUCCUUUACGUUCAGAAAAGCCCAGUACCACAAGUAAAUGCUCAGCAAGUAUCUUUAAAACGCAUGGAUCACCGUCAGAAAAACAUGUUUCUUAUCGACGCAGUCCAAGACGUAAAACUUCACAGGUGACAGAUUUUUCAUGCGAAAAGGAUUACAACCAUGAAACUUAUACAGUUACAAAAAUAUCGACGUCCAGUGUGGAUCCGAAAGUAAUUUCCAAAGGAAAAGUGUUAGUGAAAUCGUCGUCGAGAGGUUCAAAAUCAAAUCAAAGCUGUUAUCAAGUUUCCCAUAAAACACAAACCAAAGUGUGUACUAAUAUAAAACAAGAGGCGGUAUCUGCCGUGCAGCGUCGAAAAAAAUGUUCAUCUGAAAGCUCUUCUCGUAUUCGCCGUAGGUCUUCAUCACCAGUAAAACCUUGCUCUAAUGUUGUCAAACGGGCAUCUCCAUCUCCAGACAAACACCACUCACCGAGAUCUAGCAGGAGAAAUACGUUCCCGCCUGUUCCACUUCGAAUCAGUCCGAGACGAAAAUCUCCCGUUAAAUAUUCUUAUGGCAGUAUACGAAGUCCUAAACGAAAAAGAAAAGCAUACAAUAUUCGAAAAGCUUCUGUAUCACCUGAUAAAUCGACCGCUGGAAGGACACACAACAAAGAUAUAGGUAGAUACCUAGGAAAUCAGAGUCCAGUGUUAUACGGAAUUCGGUCUCAAGGAAGUCCAGAAUGUUCUGUAAUCAAAACACGUGCUUCCUCGUCACCAAUAAAAGCUCGUCUGCCGUCCGUGAAGCAAGAAAACAGUUCAUCCAAACUUAAAACCAAAUGGGAUAGUGGCAAGAAUUCACAGAUGAUUCACAGUGUAACAUUGAAAACAGAGUUCAAAUGUAACCUGAAGUCCGAAAAACACAACACUCAGAAAUCUUCAUGUCGUGAAUCAGACUCAGCACUGUCGUCAAUGUCACCUCAAAAAAUAGAAAGAUCGGCGACAGAGCGAGAGUUACGAAAAAUCAGAGAUUACUGGUCGCCAAAACAAACAGAAACCAAUACAGCAAGAAUAUUGAGAAAUGGAAGAAGUCUUGACGCAUCACCAUCUCCAAAUACUAAAGGAGUUAGAAUCAAACAAGAACCAGUAAGCGAAUCAGAAAAUCAUGGUCAACAAAAUUAUGUAGGGAGUCCCCCUUUAACAUCUAAAGGUGGCCAAUGGACUUCUUCUGUCAGACGUGAAAUACAAUUCGGUGACAUCGGCAGAAAUACUGCUAGAAGGAAGUACGAAAGUACAACAGAGGAAGAGGACGAGGAUGAAGACUCACUGUCGAUACCUAGAAGAAAAAAACUAAGAAGUGAAGUAAAAAACGACGAAUUGUGGGAAGGACUUCAGAUUCAAAGAUUCAAGAGACUAACACCAAAGAAGGAGAAAGUAGAAACACAGACUCAUCUAAAUACUAACGUUCAACAAGUCGGCCCAUGUGGAACCUCGGUUAAGGGUGACAUUUACAGUGAAACAGUGACUAUUAAACCGACAAACAAUAUCAUGCAAUGUCCGGAAGCCGUAACAGAUUUUGAUUUCACAAAAGUUAUUGUAAAGAAAGAAAGAUUCGAUUAUGAAGAUGAAGAAGACUCUUAUGGUGUAGAUGACGAGUCUGACGACCAAACUUUAAAAACUGUCAAUGACCAUCACACUUUACCAAAUGCAAAAGCUGAAAAAUGUCAUAAUUUUAAAUCAGAACAUACGUCUGGUUAUUCUGACAUGAGUACCAACGUAAAUGACCUAUCAACAAAAGACGAAAUGUCAAAUCGACCGGCUAAAUCAAAUCAACACCCAGAAAACAACGGGCAACCGAUCGAACGAGUUGAAAAUCCUACCGAUAACGUUAUAUCAAGUCGCACUUAUAUUAACGAACCUUCCAAAUUUGAUGAUUCAGACAAUGAGGAUAUGUAUGGACUCGAUAGUAAGGAUUUCCAAUUCCAAACAGACACGUCAAAGGAGUCGCAACAAUGUAAUUCAUCCUCAUAUAGCUGUGUAUUGGAUCUAGAAUGCGAUACAUCAAUUUCACAAACCGUCGAUUCCGAGAAAGAACUGGAGGACACGUUUAUGUAUUACGAUUUGCCAUCUCCCUCUGAACUAGAGCAAGCACAGCCAUCCAUCGAAUUUCAUCAGGACGAUGAUUCGCCGCAUUCGUUUGCAGGAGAACAAACAACAGAGAAAGCACUGCAGAAAGAACAGUCUGCUGACUUCAAAACAAAAACUAACAAAAUACAGGAAAAUCAAAAGAAAACGUUGGUGGUUCGUGAUGAGGACAAUGACAGCACGGAUACUGGUACUGGAUGCGAUACAGAGCUUGGAUCUGAUGAAGAAUUGACUACGGAGGUUCAAAACGAUGUUGAAUCUGGCUUAGUAUCUCAUACAAGUUUGGUGGUGCAUGCUGAUGUUGUUAAAGAGGAACCAACUGAUGAUAACAUUCUUCACGGAAAACUCCAUACGUUGACAGACGCACGAGCAGAAAAUGAAGAGAGCUCAGGAAAAGCUUCCCUAAAGGACCAAAUCGACGCCAUCACAGAUUCAGACACUUCAACUAAUAAAGAAUUAAGCGUUCAUAAUGCCGAAGGUGAUGCUACCAAGAGGACAUCCACAAGUGAAAUGGGCGUGAGAUGGGCAGAAGAAUCAAGUCUGAUAGGUGAAGAAACCGGAGAUAAAAAAGGUGGGGAAUUAUUAAAAGAUGCAUCUCCGGUCAAAUCAGUUAUGCAAAGAGACAGAACAUUGGUUGGUUGUGGUGUCCCUGAAGACAUUCCCAGCACAGUCGCAGCCAUGACUACUCCAAUAAAAUGCAGACGACCACUCACGGAGGGAACAACUCCCAAACGGAGUGUUAGACUGCAAGAAAGAAGAGAAAACACCCCGUCCAAGUGGAACGAAGAGUAUGUGUUUACACCCCUAAGACGAGUAGACGAGAGUCAGACAGUCGGACGAGAACAACGAACCAGUACGAGUACCCAAUCAGACGUAAAAACAACCGAUCCGAGCCAAACGAAAGAUAUAUUGAAUGCCCAGAGAGAAAAAGACAAUAUGACGGAACAGGGAGAAAUUGUAUGUCCUUCUUGUUCUGACGAUAGUGUUUCUGCUCCAAACAAAAAAGAUGAGAUGUUUUUAGAUUCGUCCCCAAAGAUGCAAGACACGGGAAUCGAAAUAUCCCCAUGUAAUACACAGCGGACAAUUAUUUCUACAAGUUCAGAACAAACAACGACAGGGGAAAGCCAUUUGGUUUCUUCUGAUGGCCGUCCUCCACUCAAGAUUCGAGUUAAGAAGUCUCUAGACGGAACAACAAGGAUAGUUGCAUCCCCUUCGUCAAAAUCGGCCAUUCUCAAUAUGUGCCCAGAUAAUACUGAACUUGUUUUAACACCGUGUGAUAAAAAAGUAAAGAAAAAGAUUAUCCCCAUGAGGAGUCUUCUGAAACCAAACUUAGUACUGAAGAAAUGUUUCUCCCCAUCCCCCACAACCAAACGAAAAAGGUCAAGGGCGCCGGAAGUAAGUCCAGUUGAACCUGACGACAAAACUUCUGAUCAGAGUAAUAAAAAGAAAAAGGAAGAGGCACCCAAGUGUAAUGGGAGGGAUUCCAGCAGACGACAGCAAAGUCAUGUAAGUACCAAGGUAGAGAAAAUUCCCCCAGAAAGAGCUGGUAAACGGAAGCUUGACGACGCGGACGAUCUGUUGAAAAAUGUGAAGGUUGGAAAACAUGCCUCCAUACUUUGGCUCAGUGAAAAUCGACGCCAUUUCCUGCUCAAACAUGACGAAAGCUCUCCGUCGGAAAUAGACAAUAUGCUGAGCGACGCAUGGAAAAAUCUGGGUGAAAAGGAAAGAUUGAAGUACUAUCAAAGAGCAAGCGCCGCCACGAGGGACGAAAAUAAACACUCCGACGCCAAGUCGAGGCAGCGGCAAUUAUCCGGGAAGAAAGACAGGUUCCUACCGGACAAAGAUGGUAAAAUGUCAAAGAAGAUGUUGAGUUUUUUAUCAUUAUCGCCAAUGGAACAGCACGAAGAGCUCAGAAGGUGGCUACGAUUUUUCGUUUACGAAGUGUCUCCGGCAGAAUACGCAAAAUUAAUGGCGGAUUUCAAGGAAACGGUGAAAGACCUUAAAGAAAAUCAACAGAAAAUGAAAAGUAUUUCCGAUUUGGAUAUUCAAACAUUCUACAGGAAAAUUUUAUUCCAGAAAAUUUUAGAUAUUCAGGACAAAAUUGUUGACAUUUACCACCAAAAACGUGAAAAACAGGACGAAAUUGUCAAAGAAGGAUUUGAUAUCCUCACAAAGCGACUGAUUGUUGGUGACGAUAUCUCCUUCUCAAACACCGUCCGAUCAGACGAUCUCCAACAGGUUUUGUUGGAUCUGAAGCUUCUGGAAAACGAGAAAAAAGUAGUGGUGUCGGGGACACCACUGAAGUCGAAAAGUUACGAAAAUGUCUUGGAACAACUGCAAGAAUGCGAGCAUAGUGCGGCGGUCGAGACACCCUCGACUGGGUCGUGUUCGAGUAGGAAAUCGUCGCCAUUACCAGAACUUCCGGUGGCGGAUUCCCGGUUCGCCAAUGAGCUACUACUAAGUGUAAAACAUCAAAUGCUGCCACAGUUUGAAAUAUUUAAUCUAGAACGAGAUCUGGAGAAUGUUCACGCCUGGGUAUCAAAUGGGGAAAUAGAAGAAAACAACGCAAAAGAAAUUUUCGAGAAAUUAUCCAAAUUCUUCGAGCAGGAAUCAUUGUUAAACCAUGAUAUAAACUUCUGGGCCCCUAGUUUAUCCUCGAGAAGACCAGUAUCGGCGCCCAGUUCUGUUCUAACAGACUGUCUUCUGACUGAUCAGUUCAAAAUGCUUGCAAGAAACCCGUCAGUUUUUGGUUCGGGAGUCAAAAUGCUGAUUGACCCGAGUCAAUUGAAACCCUUUAUGAAGGGUAGAAAUGGGCAGGAGUUCCGGCCCGCUCCGAGGAUAGUCCAAUACCCAUCGACACUUCUUAGGUACGCGCACAAUACCGGUGAUAAAAACCAAAAUGGACAUAUCAGAAGACGAGUGUCCACUUCAAAAUAUGACAAAUACAAAACUCAAUCGUUGACCGGACAUUUGCCAGUCACUGUCCACUACACCGGACGGCCUAGAUACCCAAUCAGCCAUUCUUUACCGAGAAUGUCACAACUCUCCCAGAUACCUGCGCAACCUUCGCCUCGAACAAGAUGGUCGGCGCCAUCACCACAGCCGUCCGUGACGCAGAUGCCGAGGAUUAUGGUCAAAGAACCCGACAGUCGGUAUACAAGCAUAAUACACAGGAGGAUACAGAACGUUGAGGGAGGAACUGUUGUCCGAUACACAGCUACCUCUAUGGGGAGGCAGACAUCUUCCUGAGUAGUUUACUGAUACCCAUUGCUCUGUGUGAAGGCAGCCACUUUCCUGAAUAAUUUACUGACACCAUUGCUCUUCGUGAAGGCGACCACUUUCCUGAGUAGUUUACUGACACCAUUGCUCUGUGUGAAGGUGGCCACUUUCCUGAAUAAUUUACUGACACCAUUGCUCUGUGUGAAGGCGGCCACUUUCCUGAAUAAUUUACUGACACCAUUGCUCUGUGUGAAGGCGACCACUUUCCUGAGUAGUUUACUGACACCAUUGCUCUGUGUGAAGGUGGCCACUUUCCUGAAUAUGAAGGCGGCCACUUUCCUGAACGGGUGUCUAAAUAGGCAAGCAUACUUGUCAAUCAACCAUAGUAAUUAGGUCCAGUGUGAAUAAACUCUGUGGUGUUCUAGGACCCAAAACAAGAUUAUUUUCUGUAAUUUCUUAUCUUGCUAUUCUAGGAUUUUGUAUUACACUAUUCAAUGAUUGCUGAUUAAACUCAUUAUAAUCUCUGA